AUUCUCAGUAUGAGAACGGCUUUUAAGUGGCGCACAACAUCACAUCAUCACGCGGCGGGCAUCUCGCGAGUGCGCGCUAUGUGCUAUACUAUACCUACCUCUUACCUACCUCCUGUUAUUUGUCGUUGUCGGUAAUAAAUGCCAUAAUAUCGAUCGGGGAUUUACAUAAAAGGAUAUUACUGGUCUAUAAGGAUUAAGCCCUGGAACAUCUGUAAAGUGUUUAAUCGCGGAGUUUCCAUUCCAUUACGUGAAACGCGUCUUGUGUGCUCAUAGAGUUUGAGUCAUGUAAACACGAAAGUCAAAUAUGUACCACGCACUGAUCGGCCACUACAGAUCUAUAGAUAUAUGUAAAUACGAGUAUACGUAUGUACGAAGUAGAGACAUGUGCUACAAUGGACGUGGAUGUGCAUCAUAGAACCUUUCAAUUGAAGUGUUAAAAUUACCCACUUAACAUCGUUUUAAGGUUAUACACAUUUAAAUGUGUGUUGAGAAAAAGUCGAUAAAUGUACAUACAUACGGUGUAUAUACGGUGUGUACGCGAUUCGGGCGGGAGACCAAAUGGAAUAACAAUAAUAACAAUAGCCAUAUCCCCUACAAAACAAUAGCAACAGCCAGGUGUUUGUUUGGAUACCCAACAACAACAACAACAACAGAACAAACGAAAUUCCCAUUACAACAGGGAACAUCCCAGAUCCCAGAGAAUGAUCUUGCACGCGAACAGCUACCAAAUGCCCGUUGCUCCAAGCUCCAGAUGUUGUUAGACAAUGAAUUUCUUCGGCCAUGAGCAAUUAAGCGGAUUUCGACGCAUCGAUCGCAUUGGCUCCUAUCCACAAGCGCCGUCGGGCGGAGUCUGGCCUAUAGAUCGGGAAUCCUACAACUGGAAUCAUCAUCAUCACUAUCACUAUCAUCUGAAGGAGACAUUCCAAUGGCACAGGCGUAAGGGCUCCAGAGUUAGUACAAUAAAUGAUUGGCUUCAAAUACAAAUUGGCGGGCCCGAUUUGGGCAAAAAGAAGAAGCCAUCCAAUCAGAAUCGCAUCAAAUCAACAAAAUAUACAUUGAUCACAUUUCUGCCACAAAAUCUGUUGGAACAGUUUCGACGCAUUGCCAAUUUCUACUUCCUGGUGAUGACAAUAAUAUCUCUUUUAAUUGAUAGUCCUGUGUCGCCGAUGACCUCACUGCUACCCUUGGUAUUCGUGAUUGCCGUCACUGCCGCCAAGCAGGGCUAUGAAGAUAUUCUACGGUUUAGAACAGAUAACGUGGUGAACGCCUCGCCAGUGACGAUUAUCAGGGAUGGUGUAGAGGCUAUAAUCAAAUCUCAAGAUGUGGCACCCGGUGACCUGGUGGUGGUGGAAAAGGACUGCGAUGUACCGUGCGAUUUGGUGCUGUUGCGCACAACAGAUCCGCAUGGCAAGUGCUUCAUAACCACCGCCAAUCUGGAUGGGGAAUCGAAUCUGAAGACCCUGAUGGUGCCCCGGGAGCUGCCCACCGUCGAUCUGCAGGAUAUGCACAAGCUGGGCAUGAUCGAGUGCGAGAACCCCACCACCGAUCUGUACAGCUUUAAUGGCAAAAUCGAGCUGAAGGGCGGCGAGGGGCGUGUGCUGCCUUUGUCCGCCGAGAAUGUCCUGCUGCGUGGGUCCCGUGUUAAGAACACAGAGUGUGUGAUUGGCUGUGCCGUCUACACGGGCAUGAUCACCAAGCUGCAGCUCAACAGCCGGCUCACACGCAACAAGAACUCCUCCAGCGAGAUUUACAUCAAUCGAUUCCUGAUUGUCAUUCUGGUGACCCUGAUAGCCAUAGUCACUCUGCUGUACUUCCUGAAACGCUACAAUGAGCUGUUUGUGAUACCAAAGCUUACCUAUCUGGGGGAUGCCACAGACAGUUACAGCGUGAAGCAGUUCUUGCAGGACUACCUGUCGUUUCUGAUCCUGUUCAACUACCUGAUACCCAUCUCGCUGUAUGUCACCAUUGAGCUGCAGCGCGUUAUCGGUGGCUUCUUCAUGGAGUGGGACAUGGAGCUGUACGAGAACGACACCGAUCAGCAGUGUAUCGUAAACACCUCGAACCUCAACGAGGAGCUCGGCCAGAUCAACAUACUCUUCUCGGACAAGACGGGCACUCUGACCAAGAACGAGAUGAACUUCCAGCAGUGCUCGAUAGCGGGUCGAAAGUUUCACUUUAAGAAGACGCGCCUGGAGGAAGAGGAGACCCAUGCCCUGCUGGACAUAAACAAAUUCAAUGCGGACCAGCGCGUAUUCUUCCAGGCCUUGGCCAUAUGCCACACUGUCCAGGUGGCCGCUGGCUCUCUGGAGGAGGCCGACGCCAGCAGCAGCACCACCACCAAGAAAGAGCCUGCGGUCACGGCCAACAAGUCGGGACCACCUGAAAUGUACUCCAUAUCGGACAUCACCGAGGAGAGCCACAAUUCUAGUCAACAGAGCGAGCUCAAUGUGAGCCACAACAUCGAGAAUUCGGUGUCUGUCCAUCCGAAUGGAGCAGCCGCCGCCGCCACCACCACGACCUCCUCCUCCUCCGAUGUGAAUCCCCUGCUGGUCUCCGACGACAGCUACAGCGUGGAGCGGCGCAAGCGGCCGCAGGUUGUGAAGCGCAGUCCCAACUUUGCCCGUCCCGCCAAUCGGGUGCACAUCGCCCCCACCAGCGACACACAGAUCAAUCAGACUGAACUGAAUGGGGGCGGCUCCUCCUCCCCCAGCAAUGGAGCUGCUGGCCUCCAGCAGGCCACCCAUUCGCCAAACAUUCGUCCAAUUUCACUGCAAUUCCAACGCUCUACCUCAGAGAGAGACCUCCCGCACUUUGGCGAGGCCCAAAAUGGUGCGGCUCUCGGCCACCGCCGGGCCCAUUCCUACGGGGCGCCCAAUGCCUAUCUUUCCAAUCCGAUUGGCAGCAUCACGCCGUCCACCAGCGCCAUCUUUCGCUCCCCCAGCACCCAUUCGCGAGAGUCGUAUGCGGCACCGACCUUCACGCGUCAGCCCACCAUUCUGGUGCGUGCCGAAUCGCAGCGGAGGAAGAACGAGAUACGUGAUUUUAUAUUCACCCUCGACUACCAGGCCUCGAGUCCCGAUGAAAAGGCCCUGGUGGAGGCCUGUGCCAAUCUGGGCCUGGUCUACACCGGCGACGAUGAUGAAAUACUCAGCGUGCGCAUUGUCCCGCCGCAUAUGGACUACAAGCGUCCUUUCACCAUUGGCAAGCCGAAGGAGGAGAAGUUCCAUCGCCUGCAUGUCCUCGAAUUCACGUCGGAUCGCAAGCGCAUGAGUGUCAUAGUGCGCGAUGCGGAGGGCAAGAAGUGGAUCUACACCAAGGGAGCCGAGAGCUACGUGUUCCCGCUGUGCGCCAACAGUUCUGCGGACUUGGUGACCAAAACGGAUCAUCAUAUCAGCGACUUUGCACGGCUGGGCUUGCGCACACUGGCCAUAGCGCGCAGGAUGAUUGGGGAGGAGGAGUAUAGGGACUUCCUACAGGAGCUGGCACAGGCCAAUAGUUCACUCGAAAACCGAAAGCAGCUCAGCGAAGAGUGCUACUCGAAGAUUGAGAGCAAUCUCGAUCUGCUCGGAGCAACGGCUGUGGAGGAUGCUCUGCAGGAUGAUGUGGCCGAUACGCUGGUCUCCCUGCAAGCGGCUGGCAUUAAAAUCUGGGUACUUACCGGCGACAAAGUGGAGACGGCCCUGAACAUAGCCCUAGCCUGUGGCCACAUACCGCCCGAUGCGAAAAAGUACUUUAUCAUCGAGUGCAAGAACCGCGAGGACAUGCUGCUGCACUUGAAUGCCCUGGAUCGUGAGGUCAUCUUUGGCAUUGGCCAGGAGUGUGCCCUGCUGAUCGACGGCAAGAGUCUGGCCGUGGCCCUGUCCGAGGUGGCCAAAGAGUUCCGCGACGUGGCCGUCAAGUGCACGGCCGUGCUGUGCUGUCGCCUCAGUCCGCUGCAGAAGAGCGAGGUGGUGGCGUUGAUCAAGUCAUCGAAUGAGAAUUACAACACGGCCUCCAUUGGGGAUGGGGCCAACGACGUGUCCAUGAUCCAGGAGGCACAUGUGGGCAUCGGCAUUAUGGGCCGUGAGGGCAGGCAGGCGGCACGAUGUGCGGACUUUGCCUUUGCCAAGUUCUGUAUGCUGAAACGGUUGCUCCUGGUCCACGGACACUACCACAGCGUACGGCUGUCACUGCUGGUGCUGUACUUUUUCUACAAGAACAUUGUGUUUAUGGGGAUUAUGUUUCUGUUCCAAUUCCAUACACUCUUUUCAUCGUCUUCUGUCUACGACUCACUCUUUCUGACCCUGUACAAUGUGAUCUAUACAUCGCUGCCCAUUCUGUUCAUUGCCAUCACCGAGAAGCCCUAUACCGAAGAGAAGCUGAUGAGAACCCCUCAGCUGUAUAAGAAAAACACGGACAACAAGCAGCUCCAUUGGCCCUACUUCCUGAUGUGGGUGCUCUUUGCCAUGUACCAUGCGGUCAUCAUAUUCUACUUUGCCUUCUGCAUGUUCUCCUUCAACAAUGUGAUCCUGAGCGUUGGCCAGACAGCGGCCUUCUCCUGCUUUGGCACACUACUCAUCUGGGGCGUGGUGAUCGUGGUUAACCUCAAGCUCUGGCUGGAGUCCAUGUAUCUGUCGUAUUGGUACAUCUUUACGCUGGUUAUCUCCAUACUGGGCUUUAUGGUCACCACGGUUAUCUACAAUGUUAUCAAUCUGGACUACGACACCGACAUAUACUGGGCCUACAAUAAUCUGUUGGCCUCCCUGCCAGUCUGGCUGUGGGUCUUACUCGUUUCUGUGGCCUGCCUGGUCCCGGACUUCACCAUCCGUAUGCUGCAGCGUGGCCUCAACAUCAAGCACUUCAGCAUCUUUCCCGGCAAACAGCGAAAGCUGAAGCUGCGCGAAAAGUUCGAGUCCACCUACCUGUAGAUCCACCCUAGGCCAUAGUUGUUUUUUUUUAUACUGAUUAUUAAUUUAUUUUCCCCCUUAUGUGUACAUAUCUUUUUAUUUCUAAGACGAAAAAAAACUAUUGUUUUGUUGAAAAAUCGA